CCUUCUCUGCUUCAAGCAGCACGAGUUACAAGUCUUUCAUUCGUUUGCUUGUUCUCGUUUCGAGCUAAGGCCUAUUUGUGGCGACUUGCAUUUAUCUGCAAACAUCCUUCAAGACCCUACAACGAAAUGGCUGAUCACAGUAAAGACGAAUUGGCUUGUGUCUACGCUGCUCUCGUCCUUUUGGAUGAUGAUGUAGCCAUUACGGCUGAAAAGAUCCAAACGAUCUUGAAGGCUGCUGAUGUUAAGGUAGAACCAUACUGGCCAGGCUUGUUCGCCAAGGCUUUGGAGGGUUUGAACCUUAAGAGCAUGAUCACCAACGUCGGUUCAGGAGUCGGUGCAGCCCCAGCAGCUGGAGCUGCUGCAGCAGCCCCUGCUGCUGCCGCCCCAGCAGCCAAAGAAGAGAAGAAGAAGGAAGAGAAGAAAGAAGAGUCUGAGGAGGAAGAUGAUGACAUGGGCUUUGGUCUCUUUGACUAGAAGGAUUCCAGUCAACUUCUGUUUUGUCUUGAUAUGAGAUGAUUUUGUGUCAUGCAAAUACACCAGAAGUUCCAUCAAA